AGUCAAUCGGUGUCCGGCCGAAACGAAAGAUCUCACUUAGAAAACAAAUAAAAUUAAAUUAAAUUUUGUUCUUGUCUUUUAGUUUUAUUUUUGGUUUUGUUUUAAUUGCUUAAAUUUUAUCGAUUUUUUAAUUAAUAUAUCUUAAGUGUUUAUGGAAAAACUAUCCGCUAAUUUCAUAGUUUAUUUCAUUUAUAUUGUUAUAUUGAAACAAACGUAUUGAAAUAAAUCGAAAAAAAAACGCGAGCGUUAAAACCAAAGACUAAAACAAAUAUUGAUUACAUAUUUUGAAAUAAAAGAAAAAAAAACAAGAGAAUUAAAGUUAAAAAUAAAAGCAUAAGAGAGAAAAGAAAACUCUGCUUUACUUAAGACAUUCAAAUUAAGUACAUAAAUUACGAGGCGAAAAUUCAAUUAAUCAAAUUCGUACUUUCUUGAUUAAAAUAAGAAAAACUAGCGAUUAAAACAGAUCACUUAUACAAAGCAUUAGAACAAAUAAAAGAAAAAUACGACUUCGAAAACGAAAUAGAUUUGAAACAUAAAUAAUUAAAGUAAACCAAUAAAAUACACAAAAUUAUAAUUGAUUCUUUCUUCUACUAAAUAAUUAAUUUGAAUCAUAAUUUACAUAGCGCGUAAAAUUGUGAAUACCAAAACAUUUACCGAUUCACCCCCUUUCGACAAAAAAAAAUUACUAAUCAAAUCAAAAAUAAAAUAUUUUCGUGCAACAAACUUUCAAAAUUAAAAAAUUCUGCCUCUUGACUUGAAAAAUUUCGAAAGUGACGCCAUAUUUUAAAUUAACGUGAAUUAUAGUGAAUGUUGAAAAUUGAGAAAAUAAAUUGUAAAAAUUUAUUUUAACAUUCGAUUCGUUAGCGGAAAUUGCGGCGAGAAUUAAUAAUUGUGAAUUUGUUUGUGUGAAUCACUCAACGUUUAUGUGUACACAUAUACAUGCAUACAAAAAAUAAGUCAGUAAUUUAUUGAAAAUUGAGAAACCCUUAUAAGUGAAUAUACACGAAUAUAUGUAAAAGCAGCAUUUAGCACUGAAGAACGUAACAAAACGAAAACGGAUUAUUUUGUCUAAGGAUUUAAAAAGUUUAGAUUUAAUAGGAAAUGCCAAAAGUUUGAAUCGAAGUGCUAUAUUAAAAAAAAAAUACUCAUUUAUAAAACGACUAAAGGAAAGCAGAGAUUUAAUGCUAUGAUUUUUUAUACUAUGUACCAAUCAUUAGAAAAGAAACAAAAAAGUACAAUAAGUAUACGCAAAAUAUAAAAUAAAACCGAAAAUAAUACAAUUUUUAUAAAAGAUAAAGAACACAACAGAGAAAGAAAAACCAAAAUAAAAGAAAUUAAAAAGAGUCUCGAAUAAGGUCGGACUUAAUUAAUACCGAUAAUAUAAUUAUUAUAUUUAUAUAUAAAUAAAAAUGGCAGAUAAUACCAUUACGACCUCCAGAAAAUCGUGCAAGCCCGAUUGUAAUCAAUUGAAUAUUAUUGAUAGAACAAUAAUACAAAAUAAAUACUCAGAUAUUGAUGAAUAUACAUCAACGGAUACAGAGGAACCAACAUCAACAACAACAAGAUAUUCACAACCAGAAGAUAUGUCAGCCACAUCAACGAAUGAUCUACCAUUGAAUAUAACAAAAAUGAUACAAAAUAAAUUAAAACGGAAAAAGAAGCUUUCAACAAGUCUGACAUCUGUCGGUGAUACAGUGAAUCAAGAGAAACGAACACGUAUCGAGGGCAUUCAAUUGAAUUGUCGUGGUAAAUUAAAUAGUGAUUUGAUUGCAGCAGCUAAAUCUGCACCAACAACACCAACACAACAACCAGCAUCAUUACAAAUAAGAGCUGAACGUGCCCAUUCACGGACACCAGCGCCAUCACCUAGAGUGGCGGAAAAAAUAAUAAUGCUACAACAGAAACAACAACAAUCACAAUCACCAACGCCACAACAACAACAACAGCAACAACAAAAAGUUCCACCUCCGCGAUUAAAACGCAAAUUGGAAGAGAACGUGUUGACGAUACAAAAGUUGAACGCUCAAACCGACCAGAUGAGGCUAGAAAUAGCAGAACUGAAGGCGCAUCUUGGCACAGAAAAGGGCGCUGUGAGAGUUUUAAGAGCUCAAAACGAAUCCGAGUCCCGUAAAUGGAAAAACGAAAUCAAAAAGCUCCAAAAUGCCAUGGAACUCAUGCGUAAAGUUAAAAAAUCCAAAGAUGAAGCUUGUGCCAAUUGGACUAGCAGUAAUCAUCACUCGACUGCUGCCAGUUCAUCACUAGCAACAACAAGCAGCAGUGCCAAAGAUGUCAACCAAAUGAAUCAUGAACUACAAAGACUGACAAAUGAGAUUACAUCCUUGAAGGAUGCAAAUAGAAAUCUAGAAGAGAAACUACAGAUGAGCAAUGAUGCUGAGCGACGUAAAGUAGCAGAUUUACGUGAGCUCAAAGAUUCAUAUGAAAUCCGAUUGACUCAGUUAUCUAAAUCUGCCAAAACUGAAAUAUCACGAUUGCUGGAGGAAAUAAAAACCAAAGAACGUAACAUCGGGCAACUUAAAAAGGAGACACUUACGUUACAAAAACCAAAAACGAAUAAAACAACGAACCACAAUAAUAAUAACAAUAAUACUACUAAAAAGGAUAUAAACCCAAAGAAUGCAACUCAACAUCCAACAGAGAUGAAAAAACUCAAGGAUAUUGAGCGCAAUAAAAACAAUAUUAACCUAAAUUGCAAUGUAACUAACAAAACUAAAACGAACAAUGAUAAAUGCUUUAUAACGACGACAUGUGGCGAUAAGGAAUUUCAUUCCAUGCCACAUGAAUUCACAGAACGAAUCUUGGAAGCUCAUAACGAUGUUCAUGUCUACAGAUCGAAGGAUCAUCAUCAGAAUUCCGAUUCAGAUUCGGCGCUCUCAUCAGCGCCACCAUCCAUAAGCCCACAACCACCAGCGAAUGGCAUGGAACCUGCAGAUAUAUGGCAAACGAUAAGAAACUACACAAAAGAUAUUGAAAAAGUACAAAAUGAUUUGGAAUCCAUCCAAAAGGAAAAUCAAACACUACAACAUGAAUUAAAUUUAGCAAAAGAACAAAUUUUCGAAUCGGAGAAGACUGCAAUAGAAGCAACAAAUAAUUUAAAAAAUCAACAAAAACUACUCGAACGGAUAAAACAGCUUGAACAAAAGGAAAUCGAGCUUCAGGAUGAGACACAUGAGUUGCGUGAACAAAACGAACUUUUAGAAUUUAGGAUAUUAGAAUUAGAAGAGAGCAAUGAUAAGUGGUCGCUUCAGAGCAAUACCACACCAAACAGUAAAAAUGUCUGGAAUAAUGUUGGUGGAAAGGAAUCGGAUGAAGCGAUUAUUUUCACAGAUCGUUCAGAUUCUGGAGUAACAUCACCACAUAGCCAUCAUCAUAUUGAUGAUAGGAUAAAUGUUAUAUCACCGUGUGAUUUGAAUUUAUUGGACCACAUGACAAAUGAGGAUUUGCGUCGACGCUUAAGUCAAAUACUCAAAAAGCCAAACAUCGACGAAGAAGACAAAAUGUGCCUCCAACAAGUUUUGGCUUUUGUUCAAAAUCUAGACGCAAUGUCUCAUGGUCACGAUUCACUGCCUUCAAGCGAAGAAUCAUCAAGCCUAGAAUACAUCAAAUCUCGAGUAUCGGACUAUAGUUCAUCAUCCCGUUCAUCAGACAUCUCACCUACCCUUCAACUUCAGAAACCAAAAUCAAGCCCCACAUCACAAGGCAGAAUAGUUGCUACCGUCCUGCCGUAUAGCAGUGCAGUUUCGACACCCAACGAAUCCCCACAACGAAAGCUGCGAGCUUGGCAUACGACAAGUUUGACUGAGAGCGGAGUCUUUGAGGGUGACUUGAGUGAAACAUCAGUGUACACUCAGACCGAGCCAGAAGACUUCUCCAACUCGGAAAGUACCGAAGCCCAAAAGCUGAACAGAAUCCGUGAACAGUUCGAGGAGUGUGCCAAAAAAUCCGCUUACGCCAAAGUACCUGUGACGAGCUCACAAAGCCUUUCGCCAAACUUUUCCGAUCAGAAACGCAUUCAGUACUACAAGGAACGCCUGGAGGUGCUUGAGGGUAAGCUUCUGAUCUAUGAAAGCAGUGGUGACAUACAGGCCAAACGUCUAGCGGAUCGUCUGCAGCGAGAGAUUAUUUUAGAAAAUCUCGUCAAGGAGCUGCAGGAUCGUGUUGACUUUUUGGAAGUGGAGAAUUCUGAGAUCGAAGAGGAGAAGUGUGAAUUCGAAGAGGCUGAAAACGACACACGACUUCGCCUGCAAAGGCUUGAAGUCGAGCUGGAGAUUUUGAGCCAACGCAAUAUUGAGCUGGAAAUGUCCAGAGAAGCGCUACAAAAUAAAUUGAAAGACUGCCGCAGCGAGAGUGCUAUUUUGCGAGACGACCUUUCGGCCGUACAGACCCAAGUGUGUCAUCUCGAAGAGGACCGGUGUAGGUUUAAGGAUAAUUUCGAAUUCCUUCAUAGUGUUUUACCUGCUUUAGCACUUUUCAACGCCUUCUGCUUAGCAAACGAUAAAAUGGGUAAUUGCAUCGAACGGGAGGUUUCCGAGCCUGAAGUUACCCGCCAUGAUGGAAUUGGAAGAAUGGAUAAUAGUUGCGAUUCUCUAGAUGCUGAAGAUAUCUUGAGGAGGGAGAUAGCAAACCUUCGAGGAGAAAUCAGAAUCUUAAAACGUCAAAUCAAUGAUCUGAACUCACGGCAUUCUGAAGCCUUGGCUUGUGCUGAUGGUUGCUGGGAGGACUUAGAGAAGAGCUACAAUGAUCGGUUAAUGGCGUCAAAGUCCAAAGAAGAGAGUCUUCAAAAGAAGAUCAAGCAACUAGAGGACUGUCUGCAGGACGAUGCAAGAGUUGCCAACGAGAAGAUCUGUCAAUUAGAAGAUGUCGAACGGGAGCUGAGAAUGUGCCUACAGAAAGUGACCCGUGAUCAACGCAAGACCUUGCAGGAACGCGGACUUAUCACCGAAGAGUACCAUAGAUUGAAGGAGAAAUACGAGAAACUUGUCCAACAAUUUGAUGGACCCAUCAAAGAUGCCCUCGACCGAGAGAAGACUCAAAACAAGAAUCUAAAAGAUGAACUUGGCUACAUAAGGCGCAUAAACUGUGAACAAGACAUGCACUAUCGCAACGAGAUAGACUGCUUCCAAGUGCAACUUGAAAAGUUGCAAAAGGAACUUCUUCAAAUCCAGGUCACAAACUCAGAGCUAAAAGAAGAAGUUUGCACUCUUGAACAACAAGUGGUAAGCCUACAUCAACUAAGGAAGGAAGAUCUUGAUAAGAUUCGAUGCCUGAGCGAUGAAGUUCGCACUAAGGAGGAAAUGUGCGAUAUGCUGGAAAAGCGUGUGGAGAAACUCAUGUGUGGAUCUUACUACAGACAGAGAGUUGACUGUCAAAUGUCGGCCAGUUUUAGUGGAGCAGUGAGUCUGGCUCAGGAACUCAAUGGAAGCCCAGUGAAGAGGAUAAAGAUUGAAGAACCUGUUGACUUGAAGACUGCUACAAAGAAUUUGGGAACAGUCUUGGGAAAUAUGAAGGGUAGCGCUAGAAGAAUUCCGUCCCAUAUUCAAUUUCAGAAUGUUGCCAAUGAUGUCAAAAAGCUAGCUGAAAGUAUUUUGGCAAACAAAUCUGAGAUCGAUCAAGAGCAUCCCAAAAUGAUCGUUACCGAGAUCACACAAAUUUAAGCAACGAACCAAAUAUUGAAGCACCUGCCGGCCCAAGACAACAACCAGCUGGACAAAGACAAACAUACCAAGCCAAAGACAAGUAUGAUGCAAUUUACGACGACAACGACGACGCUAAAAUUGGCAAAAAUGCAAACAAGGAACAU